ACUGUGACUCCUGGUGGAUGGGAUUGGGGAGUCAGAGUCAAGCCCUGACUGGUUGCAGGCGCUCGAGUCAGCAUGGAAAGUCUCUGCGGGGUCCUGGGAUUUCUUCUGCUGGCUACAGGACUGCCUCUCCAGGCGGCCAAGCGAUUUCGUGAUGUGCUGGGUCAUGAGCAGUAUCCGGGUCACAUGAGGGAGCACAACCAAUUACGUGGCUGGUCUUCGGAUGACAAUGAAUGGGAUGAACACCUGUAUCCGGUGUGGAGGAGGGGAGAAGGCCGGUGGAAGGACUCCUGGGAAGGAGGCCGUGUACAAGCAGUCCUGACCAGUGACUCACCGGCCCUGGUGGGUUCCAAUAUCACCUUUGUGGUGAACCUGGUGUUCCCCAGAUGCCAGAAGGAAGAUGCCAACGGCAAUAUCGUCUAUGAGAAGAACUGCAGGAACGAUUUGGGGCUGACGUCUGACCUGUAUGUCUACAACUGGACUGCAGGGGCAGAUGAUGGUGACCGGGAAGAUGGCAGCAGCCAAAGCCUCAGGUUCCCGGACAGGAGGCCCUUCCCUCGCCCCUAUGGAUGGAAGAAAUGGAGCUUCGUCUACGUCUUUCACACACUUGGUCAGUAUUUCCAAAAACUGGGUCGGUGUUCAGCACGAGUUUCUAUAAACACAGCCAACUUGACGGCUGGCCCUCAGGUCAUGGAAGUGACUGUCUUUCGAAGAUAUGGCCGGGCAUACAUUCCCAUCUCGAAGGUGAAAGACGUGUAUGUGAUAACAGAUCAGAUCCCUGUAUUCGUGACCAUGUCCCAGAAGAAUGACCGGAACUUGUCUGAUGAGAUCUUCCUCCGAGACCUCCCCAUCGUCUUCAAUGUCCUCAUUCAUGAUCCCAGCCGCUUCCUCAAUGACUCUGCCAUUUCCUACAAGUGGAACUUUGGGGACAACACGGGCCUGUUUGUCUCCAACAAUCACACUUUAAACCACACAUAUGUGCUCAAUGGAACCUUCAAUCUUAACCUCACCGUGCAAACUGCAGUGCCCGGACCAUGCCCUCCGCCUUCGCCUCCACCUUCUCCCACAUUAUCAACACCUAGCCCCUCUUUAAGUGUUAUUUUAAACUUUUAUGACUUAAACUUUCUAGUGCCUACUGGUUACAAGUCCAUGGAGCUGAGUGACAUUUCCAAUGAAAACUGCCGAAUAAACAGAUAUGGCUACUUCGGAGCCACCAUCACAAUUGUAGAGGGGAUCCUGGAAGUCAGCAUCAUGCAGAUAGCAGAUGUCCCCAUGCCCACACCACAGCCUGACAACUCCCUGAUGGACUUCAUUGUGACCUGCAAAGGGGCCACCCCCAUGGAAGCCUGUACGAUCAUCUCUGACCCCACCUGCCAGAUGGCCCAGAACAGGGUCUGCAGCCCUGUGGCCGUGGACAGGCUGUGUCUGCUGUCUGUGAGAAGAGUCUUCAAUGGGUCUGGCACCUACUGUGUGAAUUUCACUCUGGGAGAUGAUGUAAGCCUGGCCCUCACCAGCACCCUGAUCUCUAUCCCUGGCAAAGACCCAGGCUCCCCUCUGAGAGCAGUGAAUGGUGUCCUGAUCUCCAUCGGUUGCCUGGCUGUGUUUGUCACCAUGGUUACCAUCUUGCUGUACAAAAAACACAAGGCGUACAAGCCAAUUGGAAACGGCCCCGGGAACACGGUCAAGGCCAAAGGCCUGAGUGUUCUCCUCAGCCACGCGAAAGCCCCGUUCUUCCGAGGAGGCCAGGAGAAGGAUCCAUUGCUCCAGGACAAGCCAAGGACACUCUAAGUCUUUGGCCUUCCCUCUGACCGGGAACCCACUCUUCUGUACAUUUAUGUGAACUGUGCAGAAGUACGUGACCAGGAACUGUUGUUUUCUAAGGAUUAUUGUAAAAUGUAUAUCAUGGUUUAGGGAGUGUGGUUAAAUAGCAUUUUAGAGACAAUAUGGGAAGGCUUAGUGUUUCUUCCCAUCUGUAUUGUGGUUUUUACACUGUUCUUGGGGUGGACACGCUG